AUGAUAGAUACCACUGGGACAGUGUGGCAUAUCAUCUACCAAACAGUGGCCCUUUCCAUCAAACUUGGCUUUGCGGUUCGAGCAGGCCGGUUUACGGUUGCUCACACAUCGCCCGUUGUCAGGGUGCGUCGACGGAGGGCACUCCAGGGGCCUGGUCGAGACGCACUGGCCGUUGACCAACGUCAUGCCAUCGGGACACACGGGCUCCUGCUCCGACUUGCAUUGAUUGUUCUGGUCGGCGGUAUAACCGUUCGGACAGGUAGGGAAUUUGUCGGAAACACAUUUGCCGUCCUCAAGCCGAGUGGGAGGGCGACAGUGCGCUGGUCGGGGCUCAAGCUUGCAUCGAUCGCCCACAGGUUUCCAUCCGGGGCGACAUCCACCGCCGUUGUUCUGCGAGGAGCACAAGACUCCAUCCCAGACCGAGCCUUUAGGACAGCACUGAGCGGUGUUCGCGACAGCACUGGUGGUAGAGAAGCACAAGUUGGUUUCUGGACUAAACUCUUCACCGGUGGCGCACUGAGGCCCGAGGUUAGAGACACAGGCGUUGCCUUUUCGAUGGGUGUUGGGCUCAGGGCAGCUAUUGCUCGUGGUCGAGACACACAACCCAAUCUUCUCAUCAAACUUGUCGUCGCCUCCAAGUCCGAGCGCACCAAGUUCCGCGUGACCGGCAGAACCAGGCCUGAGAAGGACCAUGUCAUGAUUCGAAGUGAUCACAUUUCUAUCACUGUGAUUGGAAAGGACGAUGGCUAUGUCCGCAAUGAUGAUGGUAUCUUGGUUACUGGUGGAAGUGGGAGUGAUACGUUCCUCUUUAGUGAUUUCAAGACUGCCUUCCUUCCCUCGGGAGUGAGUGAUGAUGCAGUGAUGAAGAAGGUUGAGCAUGGCGGCGAUGAGUGGGAGCUUGUUGCUUAG